GACAGCUCGGGGGGAACAGACAGCGUGGGGGGGGGGAGGAAACAGCGUGAGGGGGGACACGCAGCUUGACUCGGGGUGUCAGCAGCCCAGAGGGGCACAGGCAGCGCGGCGGUGGCUGUUAGUUGGGAGGAGGACGGACGGGCAGCCCAACUGAUAAGGUGACAGCAGGGGGACACAGUGACACCCCCAGGAGGCACAGCAAGGCGCUGGGAAGCGGGGGGUGCCCCCGGCGGGAUGAGCGGCGGAACGCGGCGGGACCCCACCCGGGGAGCGGGACCGAGGGAGUGCGGGGACCGCCCCACAGCCGUCCCGCGGCGGCGUUAGGGCAGCGCGGGGCCCCCGUCGUGCGGCCGCGUCAGGGAUGCGGAGCCGGGGCUGCGGCACGGCCGGACCCCGCGGGCAGCACCGACCGAGAGCGGGCACCGGCGCCGGGACAGCGGAGGAGCAGUGGAGGGAUUUGAAGCUGGGCCAGACGGCAGAGGGAAAUGUGACCGUCGCUCCACCGAGCCCGGGAGUGAAGGGAACGCUGCGCUGGAAGAGAGGCAGUGGGAAACCCACGGAGGGAGGAUCGCGGGGUCCCCCAUCCCCACACUGCGGGGCAGUGAGCACCAGAAGCCGCUCCGCCUGGGGUCGGGGACACCGUUCUUUCCACCGGACAGCAGUACCCAUCCGAGCCUGAUGAGAAGCUCGUGAACCUAUGCAGACCAGGAAGAAAUACAUUUUCCUGACUUUCCUCGCCUCUUGGCUUCUGCUUUUCUUCUUUGGAAGAGAGCAGCUGCGCCGUUUCGCUUUCUUUCCCAGGAGGAACGUCGCAGCCCGCAGGAGUUGGCCGCGCUGGGCGGAUCGUGCCCUCCUGCACAGCUUUGCGGAGCCCCGGGAGCUGCAGGGCAGCGGUGACACAGCGCAGCCCUCACCCCGAGCCCGGCGGGCGGCACAGCUGAGCACAUCCCAAGGCAGCCGGUGCCGCAUGGAGAGCUGCUUCGACGCCUCCCGCUGCCAGAAUGGCUUCAAAGUGUUCACGUACCCGCGGGAGCACGGUGAGCCCAUGUCGGAGAGCUACAGCAAGAUCCUCGCCUCCAUCGAGCGCUCGCGUUACUACACCCCGCGUCCCGAGGAAGCCUGUCUCUUCGUGCUGAGCAUCGACACGUUGGACCGCGACCCCCUGUCUGCUCACUACAUCCGCAGCGUGGAGCAGAGGAUCCGCUCCUUCCCGUUGUGGAACAGCGGCCGCAACCACCUCAUCUUCAACCUGUAUGCGGGCACCUGGCCCAACUACACUGAGGAGCUGGGUUUUGACAUUGGUCACGCCAUGCUGGCCAAAGCCAGCUUCCACAGCAAGAACUUCAGGCCCGGUUUUGAUGUCUCCAUCCCUUUGUUUCCCAGGGAGCACCCGCAGCGCGGCGGGCAGAGCGGGUGGCUGCACCACAACUCGGUGCCCCCAAAAAAGAAAUAUUUGCUGGUGUUCAAGGGGAAACGUUACCUGACCGGGAUUGGCUCCGGCACCAGGAAUGCUUUGCACCACAUCCACAACGGGAGGGACAUCGUGUCGCUCACCACCUGCAGGCAUGGCAAGGACUGGGAGAGGCACAAGGACAUGCGCUGUGACCAGGACAACGUGGACUAUGAAAAGUUUGAUUACCAGGAGCUGCUGCACAACUCCACCUUCUGCAUCGUGCCCCGUGGCCGGCGUCUGGGCUCCUUCCGCUUCCUGGAGGCACUGCAGGCCGCCUGCAUCCCAGUGCUGCUGAGCGACGGCUGGGAGCUGCCCUUCUCUGAGGCCAUCGACUGGGGCAAAGCGGCCGUGGUGGGCAGCGAGCGACUUCUCCUGCAGAUCCCCUCUGCCAUCCGCUGCAUCCGCCCGGAGCGCGUGCUGGCAUUCCAACAGCAGACCCAGUUCCUGUGGGACGCGUACUUCUCCUCUGUCGACAAGAUCGUGCACACCACGCUGGAGAUCAUUCGGGAUCGGCUGCUCCCGCACCGCUCGCGGUCCCGCAUCCUCUGGAACGCACUGCCUGGGGGGCUGCUGGCACUGCCCGACUUCUCCACGCACCUUGGGGACUUUCCCUUCUACUACCUGCAGCACGGUAGGUUCCCGUGCCACACGUGCUCUGUGUGCCUGAUGCCUGCCCCCACACCUCUCCUUUUCCCCCACAUUGCAGGCUCCAGCCCUUCUGACAAGUUCACAGCACUGCUCUGGGCUGCUCCUCAACUGGGCUCCCUCUCCCAGUCCACUCUCAAGCUCAUCCAGGCCGUCUCCAAGUCCCAGUACUGUGCGCAGAUCCUGGUGCUGUGGAGCUGCGAGAAGCCGCCGCCACCGAGUGCGAUGUGGCCACAGACUGCUGUGCCUCUCACCAUCAUCCAGGGCAGGACGAAGCUCAGCGACCGCUUCUUCCCAUACGCAGCCAUUGGGACGGACGCAGUGCUCAGCCUGGAUGAGCACACCAGCCUCUCCACCAGUGAGGUGGAUUUUGCCUUUGUGGUGUGGCGCAGCUUCCCUGAGCGCAUCGUGGGCUUCUCUGCAUGGAGCCACUUCUGGGACCCCGAGCAGAAGCGCUGGGGCUACACCUCCAGGUGGACCAACAAGCUCUCCAUCGUCCUCACCACCGCCGCCUUCUACCACAGGUAUUACCACAGCCUCUUCACGGAGUACCUCCCCGCGGGGCUGCGGGAGCUGGUGGACAGCCUGACCGCCUGCGAGGACAUCCUUAUGAACCUGCUGGUGGCUGCUGUCACCAAGCUGCCUCCCAUCAAGGUCACGCAGUGGAAGCAGCACAAAGAAGCUGCGUCUCAGCUGGUAGGAUGGCAUCCUGGGGUUCAGGGACUCCCCAGCAGAGCCCUUCACCCUGUAUUCUCCUCCUGCUCAGGUGAAGGACACGGCGGCAGGCAGCACCCGGCGUUUCUCCCAGCAACAGGAUUGCCUCAACCAGCUGGUGGACUGGUUUGGCUCCAUGCCACUCGUGUCCUCCCAGCUUCGCCUCGACCCAGUGCUCUUCAAGGACCAGGUCUCUGUCCUGCGCAAGAAAUAUCGCUACUUGGAGAAGCCCUGAGCUCAGCCGUGCAGCCCAAACCCCUGCACAGACCUCGCAGGACAUGGCACAGCCCUCCUGGACCAAGCGCUGCCACGGGGCUUUAUUCCUGAUUGGGUUUUACCAGUACAAUAAAGAUCGGUGGAGGUGCAAAGUCUGACAUGGGGUGAGCAUAUUGUACCCAGCAAUGGCACAGCACUGUGCCACCAACUCACAGCACCUCUGGGCUCAGCAGCCACUGCUGUGCUCCCGUGUAUGGUCACAGCACCGGGUGCCCCAUAGCUCCACACGCUGCAGGGCCACCUCCCCGUCCCUGUGUCCCCGUGAUGCUUUCCUGCCACCAUCCCCACUCCGAGAGCAGCUGGCCGGGAGGGCUGAGCUUCCCAAAAGUAAACAGAACAGCGAUAAGGGGUGAGAGCAGGGCGA